AUGUCGGCCUCUCGAUUCACUCUGGCUGCCGUGUCAACGCCCUCCGUUCUUUACGUGGUCGGUGGACUCGAGGUUCAACCGAUGACCUUGGACGGCUCUGCCCGUGGCUCGAGCAUGCUCGAGCCACCUGCGCUCAAGGUCCGCUUGGCCGCUGCUCCCGUUGCGCUCACGGCUUCUGAUUACACAGCUGUUCAGGAUUGGCUAUCUUCGCUUCUCCAUGUUUCCCAUUCGCUGAGGCCAGAUCUGAGUUAUCACACGCGGACAAGCAAAAAAUGCGACGACUACUUCUAG